CUUCAUUUCAACUGUCUAUAUGUGUCAUUGUCACUCACUAUUUGUAACAACAAAAUAUUGCGAAGAAAUUGUUUGUUGCUUUUUUUGAUGAGAUUUUUUCAGUACUUACUCAAAUAGUUUAUGUAAUAAAAGUUUUAGAAUUGUUUCAGUGAAUUAAAAAUCGUAAUGUAAAGAAGAGAUUUCCAUAAUAAACUACAGUAAAAUUUGUUUCGAUGUCCGUUUCUUUGUGUGUAUUGAGAGUGGAAAUCGACGAAGAUCUUCCAGAAAUGGGUGAUAAUAAUUCGUCUGAUAUGGCUGUUAAGGAACAAAAGAAACGUGAUCGUGGUGCACGUGAAUCAAAGACGAUAACAGUGGAAACAUAUGCAAGCGUUCUUGCUGGUGCCAACAACGACAAUGGUAUUCUGCCUACCAGCUCACGCCGUACAACUGAAAGAAGUGUUUCUGAAGAUGUUGAGACCAUUAGUUUUUUUUGCGGAAAUCCUCUAGUGGAAGUAACAAAAGGAGUCCUUCACCUAUAUAAGGAGAAUGAGUUGAAAGAAGCAGAAGAAGCUAAGACAUUGUGUCUGUUGUCAGUGCCUGGUGCACUAGGAGCUCCAGAUUUAUUGGCGUUUGCGGCGGCUUGCCAACAAGAUAUAGCUCAUGUUAGAGUUCUACGUGAUGGCUCACCGGAUCAUUAUAUGGCUCUAUUGACGUAAGUUUAUUUAUUAAUAAAAAAGGAAAACCUAGGUACCACGCAUGCGAAACUACUUAAUAAUUUAUUUGCCAUUUAUACAUAACAUGCCUUUUCCCCAAGUAUGUUGAAAAAUAUAUUCAACCAUAAUAAAUCAACGUAACUUAAAUCAAUAAAACUACUCAACAAAAGAAUGGAAACAUAUCAAUCUAUAAUGUUU